AGGAAACCAGAGCCCAGCAUCCAGGACAGAGAGUGUGAGCUGAGGCUUCUGGACAAGGACAGGGUAGAGAAGAGCUAACCUGAGGGUGCAGUGUGAGCUAGGGAUCCUCCCACCCCUGCGGGCCUCCUGAGAGAACCUUAGAUCCAGGGUGCCCCUCCAGCCAGGAUGAGGCUCUUCAUCGCACUUCCUGUCCUGAUCAUGGUCGUGGCCAUGGCUUUGGAAGGCCCAGCCCCCGCCCAGGCGGCCCCUGACUUUUCCAGCGCAAUGGAGAGCUUACCGGAUAAACUGAAAGAGUUUGGGAACACUUUGGAAGAUAAGGCCCGGGCAGCCAUUGAGCAUAUCAAACAGAAGGAAAUUAUGACCAAGACUCGGAACUGGUUUUCAGAGACGCUCAACAAAAUGAAGGAGAAAUUAAAAACCACAUUUGCCUGAGUGCCUGGCGAGCCACCUCGCAGCAGCAAAGAGGGCCACGUGACGGGUCAGGUCCCUCUUCAAAUACCAAUAAAAAACUUGUAGAGAACAAA